UAUCAGAAAACUAGUAAAAAUGUCAAUCUUGUUUUUGAAAUCGGAUCGCUGGUCCUCCAUCUAUCGGUAUUUGUCCACCAACUCCUUGAGCACGAGGCAAGAGGCAUCCGUAGCCCUCUGCACGGUGGAGAACUCCAUAGUUUGCUGCCCAAGCUCUGUCGCCAUCGCCCUCCCCACACCACCGCCGUCUCCCUCGCAACCUACCCCCGGGCAGGAGGCAUCACCAGGAUUUCGAUCGCGACCCCUGAAUCCCAUGGAUUCGAAUCAAACGCCGAUCCUGAAAGGCCCAACCUCGGCGCCCUUCCGCUAAUUCUGAAACCUCCAAAUCGAAGCCCAUUAUAUUACAUAGGCCGGCCCGUCCCGUCCCGUUCCGAUGCAGCAAUUGGUGAACUUGCUUCUCCUCGAGUAGAUGCACCGAACUGCACAAUCUACUCCAAACGAGAAAUGGCGACAGCAGCGGGCAGCCCCUCGUGCUCCCCUCGGACCGCUGCCGCCGCCGCUAGUAGCUUCUCGCGUACCGCUUCUUCUUCGAUGGCAUCACACCACGUGCCGUCGAAUCCUGGUGUCAAGAUCGGUCCCAACGGCACCGCCUUCGUCUCCUCUGGAAUCCCUGACCUUGAUAGAAUCCUUGGCGGCGGGUUCCUUCUGGGUUCAUUAGUGUUGGUAAUGGAGGAUGCCGACGCACCUCACCAUCUUCUCCUGCUUAGGAAUUUUAUGUCGCAGGGAGUCGUUCUCCGCCAGCCCGUUCUCUUUGCCAGUCCUUUGGGGGACCCAAGGGCCUUCCUUGGCACGCUGCCAUCGCCUGCCUCCCCGUCCAAGGAGCAAAUCAAGAGAACGAUGGCUGGUGGCAAUGAUCAACAGGAACUGGAGAAGGGUUUACGAAUAGCUUGGCAGUAUAAGAAGUACUUUGGGGAUCAACAAUCAUCUUCAAUUCAUGAUAGAGAUGCUAAGCAGGAAUUCAGCAAUGAAUUUGAUCUGCGAAAGCCCCUUGAAAGGAGACUUGUCCAAUACAUUGAAACCAUUAGCUUGCAAGAUUCUCCAGAUAUAGUUGUACUCCGUGACCGAUUUUCAAACUUUUUAUCUAGGCUUCCUCGGUCUGAUGGGGACAACUUGAGUGCGAGCCGGAUUGCUAUACAGUCAUUCUGUGCACCACAAUGUGGAUUCUCUGAAAGGGACUGGGAUAUGGUGGCAUUUAUCAGGUUUCUUAAAUCAAUGGUUCGAACUUCUAAUAUGGUUGCUGUUGUGACAUUCCCAACUUCAUACCUUCAACCCUCAUUUUUAAAACGAUGUCAACACUUGGCAGAUACGCUGCUCUCUGUCAGAGCAAUUCCAGAUGAAGACAAGGAUUUGGCGAAGCUCCUCACAGGAUAUCAGGAUAUGCUGGGGCUUUUGCACGUGCACAAAGUUGCUCAGAUGAAUACUCAGGUGCCCACAGUGCUAGAGACAUCCACAUUUGCUUUAAAGCUGCUCAAGCGAAGAUCUCUAGUCUUAGAGCGCCUAAAUCAAGCCCCUGUGGAAACUUCAAGCGGGACUUCAUAUUCAUCAUCGGGCAGUUGUAUUGGUUCAUCACAUGCUUCUCUUGAUUUCUAAUCCAGCCCAAACCAAGGAUCAACUGACAUGCUUCUCUUGACAUUAUCUGAAACCCUUUCCCUUCAGAUUUUGCAAAGCGUCUUCUGGACUCGGGGAAAAAAUCAACUCAUCAUGUGGCAACUAUAAUUUUGCUUCGGAAAGGAUUUGGGGGACACAAACUUCAAAAUACACCUCUUUGGUCUCUCCACUUGAUUCCUGACGAAGUUGACAUCAGAUAGUUUUCCAUUGUGAACUGAUCCAAUGUUCUGAAUGCUGUGUACAUUUUUGUAACAUCGCUGGGAAUGGAGCACGGCUUGUUAAGGUCAGUUUAUAGUUAUUUGUGUGUGAACCAAUGUUUGGACAUUUAAAAAGAAUGUAGUUCAGGCAUUCAAUCGAGUAAUACUUGUGAAAAUAAUAUUAUUAUCGUUGUCAGUUA